AUGAAGGAGAACGACCCAGGCAACGUCGCCAUCCACGACAUGAACGCGAGGGUGUUCAAGGCCAUGCUCCACUUCUUCUACACCGACUCGCUGCCCAAGGAAGACGGCGACGCGGUGGCCAGGGCGCAGCACCUCCUCGUGGCGGCGGACAGGUACGACAUCAAGAGGCUCAAGCUGAUCUGCGAGGACAAGCUGCGCGGCCGCGUCGACGCAAGCACGGCGGCGACGACGCUGGCUCUGGCCGAGCAGCACGGCUGCCGGCGGCUGAAGGAGGCGUGCCUCAAGUUCAUGGCGUCUCCGGGCAACCUCAAGACGGUCAUGGCGAGCGAUGGCUUCGAGCAUCUGAGCAGAAGCUGCCCCUCUCUUCUUAAAAAAUUAGCGGCUAAUAUCUCUGAUUAG